UGGCACGUGCCAAAAAAUUAGGGUUCGAUUUUCCCUCCAAAAUCGUAAACUGUGCACUUAUCCCCUAAUUUCCGUACCGUCUUCUUUCUUAUGUCAAUCUCCACUUUAUUCUAAUUAAAUCUUUUUCGAUUUUUCGGAAUUAGCAGAUGAAAUUGAAAUGGGGCCUCUUGAAGAUGAAGAUAACCGCAACGACAACAAUUCAAGAAAGAGCAAUUUGAAUGUAGAUUCAAGCUAUGUCGCAACCCAGCAAAUCGACAGUCAAUUUUCUCCGGGUGAUGUUUCGGAAGGUGAUGAAGAUGAAGAUUUUCUAUGUCUCAACAAUACGGUUCCUGUUGAUGAUACUUAUUUAUUGGAAGAUGCAUUCGAAACUCAAUUAAUGGAUCUUGCUGGGGAGACCCAAGCUGUGGAUCUUGCUGGGGAGACCCAAGCUGUGGAUCUUGCUGGAGAAACUCAAGUCUUGGACGAUCUUGAUUGCAUGAAUGAUACAUCUAUGGAGUUUUUAAACGAGUUUAGCAAGUCUCAAGGAGCGAAUAAAACUCAGGCCUUGUGCGAGACCCAAGUUUUAUCUCAGGAUGACUCUGUGAAAACUAAUGGCAGUGGUUUAGUUGGAUCGGAAAGCAAAAUAGACAUUUAUCCUCCCAAACAAGGAUUGGUCUUCAGAGGAUUUACCUCAAUCCGUGCUGCAUCGAUUAGGGCAUCUGGUUUGGCAGCCCGUGCAAGAGGAGCUAAUGCCAAUUUGUGCACCACUAGUUGUGAGAAAUCUUCAGUAGAACAACAAACAUGUGAGCAAAGUGGUUCAUCUGGUGUUGGAUAUUUGUUGAAGUCUGAUAGGAAAAAUGAUCAAGAAUGUCUCCAGAAUGAGUACAAUGAAGAGGUUGGGGGGCUGAAGAAUUUGAACAAGUACAAGGUUGGUAAUACAGCCGUUAGGAAACUUUUCGGAGAGGAUAAGGUUUCCGAAGUUGGGCAGUUAGAAGCUGACUUUGACCACUCAGAUGAUAAUCUUGACAUGCCUGAGUUGCUUGGUAAUGAAAAUUGCAUGGCUGGGCUAAGCUAUGUUGAUUCUCAGGAACCUGGAGAGCUAUCACAAGCCCAUGCGCUUGAGGUUGUGGACAAGUUUCUUGAUCUUAAUGUCGUGGAAGAUGAUGAAGUUUUUGGCAUGAGAGUUCACAAGGUAGAAAAGAAGGCGAAGGUUGUCUCUGGUGCAAAAGGUUCAGUAGAUUUGGCUAAAAAGUCUAUUGCCAAAAUCGCAGAUGGAAAAUGUGGAAUUUACGAUUGGGACGAUACUCGUGAAGACGACUGUGGGGGAGAAUUUUUCCUGAAGAAGAAAGAACUUUUCUUUGACAAGGGAUGUCCGAAGCAGAGAAGCCUUACCGAACCGAGGAAACCUAAGUGUAAUGAUCUCGGAAGUGUUAAGACUGUUGGAAAUAAUGGGGAUGAAAAAGAGCAAAAGUAUGCCAAAAAUAAACUAGGGGAUCCCGUUUACUCGGAUUCAGGGUUGAUUUUGAAUAAUAAUGUGAGAGCAAAGCGGAAAUCACUAAAUUGUGGAGAAAGGGUAUUACAAAAGAAUCUUAUAAAGGAUUUGGAUGAAGAGUUGUCAGAGAAUGAUGCAAACGAGGAUGUUCCAAAAACGGUAGAUAUAGGUCCUGAUACUCAACUGGCUGCUGAAGCAAUGGAGAAUUUGUGUUUCGAGGUGCAGUUGCCUGAGAGUAAUAGUAAUGUUCCUAAUAAAGUGGCCCACAUAACAAAAGGAGCGUCUAAAAAAAGAUCGUAUAUUGCUAGUGUUGGAGUUCUUACCAGACAAGCCAAACAAUUAAAGAGGGCCAGCAUCGGUGCAAGUAACGAGCAUUCUCCUACACCGGAACUGCCCAAAAGAACUAGGAAGAGACGUAAUACAAUGCCGCUUGAGACAGAAUCAACUGUUCAAAUGUCUGAGAAGAAGCGUCACUUUGAGGAUCAACUUGGUUUUGCUGUGCCUGUGGCUCAUCGAACAAGGAAAUGUACAAAGUUAAAUCGUCCAAAGGCGACAGCUGUUAAUUCUUCGAUAAAUGGUUCGACAAGUGCUCUUAUCGUUAGGAAAGGGACAGCUGGCAAAGAUAAAAAUGCUGAAAUGCUUACCGCUGAGAAACAAUAUAGUGCAAGGUCAAAAGGAUCAAGAGAGAAUGGUGCAAGUAUUUCUUUAGGUCCUGUAAAUAACGGAAGUUCUAAAAAUGAUUCUGCUCAACGUGAUUCUGAUUGUACAAAUGUGAAAGCAGAUCUAGCAGAAACAAGUGGAAGAAUAGACGCACUAUCAAGAGAAAAACGUGGAACUUCCCUUUCAACUUGUGUUACACCUGCUAAUUGUACUACACCGAUAAAGGAUUUAUCUCCGAUCUGCAGAGGGGAUGAAUAUAAGACGCAGUCUUGCAGAAGGAACUUGUCUAGGUUGUCUCUUAUUACAGUGAUUGAUAACUCAGUAACUGGCUCACCGUUACUGUAUGGUGGAAUUAAAGGAUCAAGAAAGAGGAAAGAUAUCACAGAUAUUAGAGUCUUGUUCAGCCAGCACUUGGAUCUUGAUAUUGUCAACAAACAGAAAAAGAUAUUGGCUCGACUGGGGGGUGCAGUUGCGUCCUCUAUGACAGAUGGCACUCAUUUUGUGGCCGAUGAAUUUGUCCGGACUAGGAAUAUGUUGGAAGCAAUUGCUUUAGGGAAACCAGUGGUCACUCACUUAUGGCUCGAUAGUUGUGGACAAGCUAGUUGUCUUAUUGAUGAGAAAAAUUACAUACUUAGAGAUGCGAAAAAGGAAAAAGAGUUUGGGUUUUCUUUACCAGUUUCUCUCUCAAGAGCAUGUCAACAACCACUUUUACAGGGACAAAAAGUAUUGGUUACUCCGAAUACAAAACCUGGUACACACAUUCUAGCAAGCUUGAUCAAGGCUGUUCAUGGUUUGGCGGUUGAGAGGCUUGGUAGAUCUGUACUCAAGGAUGAGAAACUUCCGGAAGAUCUUUUGAUUUUAUCUUGUGAAGAAGACUAUGAUACAUGUGUUCCGUUUCUUGAGAAAGGUGGUGCUGUGUAUAGCUCAGAGCUGCUAUUAAAUGGAAUAGUCAAACAGAAGCUAGAAUAUGAAAGGCAUCGCCUAUUUGAAGAUCAUGUUAAAAGGACUCGAUCCACGAUAUGGGUGAAAAGGAAGAAUCAGUAUCUUCCUGUAAGCAAAUGCAAAUAAGGACGUACUUUUUUCUUUUUCUUUUCUUUGUUUCCUUCUUUCGUGAAAUAGUUUGCGUCCGAUGUAUCAUUCUCAAUAUGCUGUAGUGUAUAUUAAGGAGUUUGGUUUAUCGUAUGGUUUUUUUACAUGUAAAGGGGUUAUAUAUUCAACUCAAUAGCACUUCCAUGUUAAUAUAGCAUGUAUCUUUACCGAUCAAGCCA